CGCUACAAGUGUGUUUCGCCAAUACAAACAGACGGAUAAAUGGCGUUUUAAAACGGUUUGUCACUUCCUCUCGUGACGUCACUGUGUUUGUGUUGAACGCUGGCACACACUGACAGAUUAGCUACAAACCUGCAGCUGUUUUAAUUUCUUGCAGGUUCUUUUAACUCUUAAUCGUCUUCGAUUACAUACUUUGCGUCUUGCUUUUGUUUUAUUCGAGCACUUGCGCCUAAGAAGAUCCAGAGCCAUCUCAUUUUGGUGUGGUGUCACCCGGUCUGGGUGAAAUGUCCUUUAGUUCCACAUGAGCUCUACUAUGUGGUACAUCAUGCAGAGUAUUCAGAGCAAAUACUCAUUGUCGGAAAGGCUCAUUCGAACCAUAGCUGCCAUUCGCUCCUUCCCACAUGAUAAUGUGGAAGACCUUAUACGCAGGGGAGCAGAUGUGAACCGGAUGCAUGGCACGCUGAAGCCCCUGCACUGUGCCUGUAUGGUGGCUGAUGCUGAUUGUGUGGAGCUUUUGCUGGAGAAAGGUGCUGAGGUAAACGCCUUGGAUGGCUACAACCGCACUGCCCUGCAUUACGCAGCGGAGAAGGAUGAGGGUUGUGUGGAGCUGCUUCUAGAAUACGGGGCCCAGCCAAAUGCUCUGGACGGCAACAAGGAUACGCCACUGCACUGGGCUGCCUUCAAAGAUAACCCCGAGUGCGUACGGGCCCUAUUAGAGAGCGGCGCGUGCCCGAAUGUCCGGGAUUACAAUAACGACACACCCCUCAGUUGGGCAGCCAUGAAAGGCAACCUGGAGAGUGUCCGUGUGCUGCUAGAGUACGGCUCUCAAGUCCACGUCACCAACCUAAAGGGCCAGACGCCUAUCUCGCGGCUGGUGGCGCUGCUGGCUCGGGGCCUGGGCACGGAGCAGGAGGAAGAGUGCCUGGAGCUGCUUUGCCGUGCCGCGGGGAGGAUCGAGAUCCGCAGGGCCGACGGCUCUUUACCACGUGAGCUCAGUAAAGAUCCUCAGUUACUGGCUCGACUCGCUAGCCUCGUAGCCCAACCGCCCUCGUUACGAGCGUUGGCGCGCUGCACCGUUCGUAACAGCCUGGGAGUUCAGUACCUCCCAUCUGCGGUGAAACACCUCCCGCUUCCAGAGUCAGUGAAAGAAUAUGUGCUCCUCAGAGACUGAGCGAGAAGACUGUCCUUAAUGUCAGACGUGGAGGAGGUAGAUGUCUUCCGUGUACGUGAACAUGUGAUUGUAAUCAGACUGCAAUCUGAAGUGUGUCUGUCCAUAUACUGUGGGUGAAUAAGUGAGGAAGGUUCACAUUUCUUUUGUUGCUAUAAUGUCAUCAAGCAAAUUCAGACUUUGGUUGCAGUACAGUUAUGUGCUUUGGUGCAGAGAAAUACUGAUCAGGUAGGAGAGAGAUAAUGCACUUAUGAACCCAUAAUGUUAAAAUAUCAGUAGAUAAUAUGUGAAACACUAAUUGCAAAAACAAGAAAAUAAUUUAAAAAUAUUAUUUACCAGUAAAUCCUAUGUACACACAAAUAACACUUUAACAGCACUUAUAAGUUAUAAUUAUAUAUUACAUUUGUUUCAAACUUAUACUUGAAGAUAAAGUUUUUAUUUAUGCAUACAUUUUUUUAAGAUAGUAACUAAAACCUUUAGAUUAAAUUUUAAAGUCAAAUAAAUAUUAACAUUUUUGUUAAAUAAUUUUAUGAGGCUUUCCAGUCAUCAAAAAUAAUCCUGGAAAAGUGGGUGAAAUUUUGCCAAAAAUAUAGUAAAUUUGCCACAAAGUAACCUUGUUUUAUAUUUGUUUACUAAUCUCUGGCAUUUUGAAGCAGAACAAUGUAAGAACACUUCAUUGGAUUUCAAAUCAAUAUCUAUUUCUGUCCAUCUAUCACUUUGGUAAUUAUGAAUCUUUCUCUUGAAAACUACCUGGUUUAGUGUGUUGAAUUGUAUUACUUUUUUGGUGCUGAUGAUUGCAGAAAGUGAGCUGUACUUUUGCGUUUGAGAUGAAAACACAGCAAACCUUAACAAGAAUAUUCUAUGUCAGUAAUGGGAAUGUUCAUUUUUUUUAGCUUCACAGUGUCAUGUUGGCAUGAUCAUUCCAAACGCUUGCAGACCGUGAAUGGGAUGUCUUAAAUGAAUUAAUGUCAACACUAGUGUCACAUCUUGUGAACCUCAACAGAUUUUUUGCAGUUGUUUUCAUUUCACUGUUGUUAUAUUGCUUGAUUAAGAAGUAUGUAGUGCUUACAUCUAGUUUUAUGCAUGCAGACUAACCAGUAAAAGCCUCCAUGCAUUGUUCAAGAGUCUUACUGCAGUUUUUCUCCAAACCAAGUGAAUCACGAACGUGAUUAUGAACACAUCAUUUGCCUUCUCAAUGACAUAAAACCUUAGAUGAGUUAUGUGUGUGUAAUUUUAACCAGUAGAGGGUGCUGGAAUACCACAUGAUAUAAAACAGUCAGCUAAAGCUAC